AUGGCUGUUGCGAAGAAGGAAGCAACAAGCGGAUGGGAGUGGAGAAUGAGGGUCGAUAACGAGACGUUGUCCAAAGUUAUGUCUCCAGAGGAAGGUCCUUACAUGAUCAGCAGAGUGCUGCUUGGUCUAAAGGAAAGGAUGUUUUCGAAACCUUUGAAUUUCCUUAAGAAAGCAUGGGAUUUGGCCUGCAAUGAUCCAAGAAAAGUGAUCCAUUGUUUGAAAGUAGGGCUGGCUCUCACUGCUGUCUCUCUAUUUUACUAUGUCAGGCCUUUGUAUGAUGGUGUUGGAGGAAAUGCCAUGUGGGCAGUUAUGACAGUUGUGGUGGUGUGUGAAAACACAGUAGGUGCAACACUUAGCAAGAGUUUGAACAGAAUAUGUGGAACUUUUCUAGCUGGUUUUAUUGCAGUUGGGGUUCACUGGGUUGCCAUUCAAGCAGGAGAGAAAUCUGAGCCAUUCAUUAUGGGAGUUUCAGUUUUUAUUUUAGCUUCUGCAGCAACCUUCUCUAGAUUCAUUCCAACAAUAAAAGCCCGGUUUGAUUACGGUUGUAUGAUCUUCAUCCUCACCUUCAGCUUCGUGUCGGUUUCGGGUUACCGGAUAGAUAAGUUAUUUGACAUGGCCCGCCAAAGAUUAUCCACCGUCUUCAUUGGGACUUCCUUGUGUAUUAUCAUAAGCAUAAUUAUCUGCCCCAUUUGGGCUGGCCAGGAGCUCCAUACACUCAUCACUCGUAACAUGGACAAGCUUGCAAACUCAUUAGAUGGCUGUGUGGCUGAAUACUUUAUCAGCAAUGAAGAAGACUCUACCGGCAGCCAAAAAGGAUGUGGCAAAAACUUGUUAGGCUACAAAUGUGUGCUAAAUUCAAAAGCACCAGAAGAAUCUAUGGCUAAUAUUGCUAGGUGGGAACCCGCACAUGGCCGCUUCAACUUUCGGCAUCCGUGGAAGCAAUACCUCAAAAUGGGGACAGAAAUGCGCGGUUGUGCUUAUUGCAUUGAGGCUCUCAAUGGCUGCAUCAGCUCUGAGAACAAGGCCCCGGAGCACCUAAAGACGCGUGUGAGCAAUAUUUGUUUAGAAUUGAGCUCCAACUCUUCAAGUGUCAUAAAAGAGCUUGCAAGCAUUGUCAAGACAAUGAAGAAAUCCUCAAGUAUAGAUUUCCUAGCUGAACAAAUGAACAGUAGAGUUCAAGGUCUCCGAAAUGAGUUGAAGUUUCUUCCUAGUUUAGUCACUCCAGAGACACCAAAAGAAGCUGGAAAUGUUCAAGAUAGUAAGAAAACUAAGGAAAAUUCCGUUGGAUUAGCCUCAGCCUCUCUCAUGGAAAUAGUUCCUCUAGCGACUUUAACUUCUUUGCUGAUUGAAAACGCUGCGCGGAUCGAGGGCAUUGUCGAUGCUGUAGAAGAACUAGCGGAUUUGGCUCAGUUCAAGCCUGUGGCUGAUGAUGAACACAUAGAAGACGAAACCAUGAAGACCCUUCAAAGGGGUUAA